AUGCUUAUGUUAGUGUUGAACCGCAUAGGGGCACUGCAGCUUCUUGUUCUCGCCGGGGACAGUCGGCAGCUUGGUCCCCUCGUUCCUUCAGACCAGUCUGGCCGCGACCCACUGGGCAAGCUGCUCAGCACAUCCAUCCUGCAACGACUCGCGGACGGAUGGCCGCAGCUGGCCCAAGUCAAGCUUGUCAAGAACUAUCGCGGCCACCCCGAUACAUCUGCGAUGGCCAACGAAAUCUUCUACAAGGGCGAAAUGGAGUCGGUCCUUCCAGCAUCCCAUUGGGAUACACCUCUGACACGGAAUGUCUCAAGCUUGGUGCAGACCCUAUCCCCAGCCCUCCCUCCGAGAUCGCGCACUCCAACCCAGAACGAUCGAGUGUUCUUCUUCGACGUCAAGACCAGGUCCAGCAAAGAAGAUACCGGUUCGUCCACGUACAACGGGGGUGGGAUCCAAGCUACCAUUCCCCUGGUGAAACUACUUGCGGGGCUUGGUGUGAAGUGGAACGAGAUCGGCGUUAUCAGUAUGUACCGGGAAGACCUCCGCCUGCUCAUUGUCAACCUGAAGAUCAAUGGUAUUCGAAACAUCGAGACCAAGAAGCAUGACCAGAGGGAUGGCCUGCGAGUCGCGAGUGUCGACUCCUUCCAAGGUCAACAGCGGCCUACCAUGAUUGUUCAUUUCGUUUCAGCGAGGAAGACCGGUCAUGACCCAUUCGGUCUCGUGAAGAACGCCCUUCGCCUGAACGUAGCAUCCACAAGAUCGCAAGCGUAUCAGUUCUUUGUGGGAAACAUGACUUUGUGGCAGGAGUGGAAGAAGAGUAUCUCUAGUUGCAAUGAGAGCACGACGGCCAUGAUUAAUGUCAUGAAGUGGCUUCUGAACUGGGGCAAGGUUGACGCGGUCACUGGUGACGGGACUGUUGUUUAG